ACUCGUUGCCCCAUCACCCAUAACGUCGUCGUUCGCGCGCCGUGCAGUGCAGAGCGUCGUGCUGACUUUGAUAUUGUUUUGCUCUGCUCGUGAGCCUGUUGGUGCCUAUAGUUCGGAUAGUAUCCUGUCCUGUGGAUGCUGCUGUGCAAUCCUUUAGUGAAUUCGGUGCUCAUCUGACCUGAUUUGGGUUUUUUACCCGCUCAAUCGAUAAAAUAAAUGUGGAAAAUUGGAAAGUGUAACUAGGAGGUGAUUUAAUAAAUUCAAAGAAUUCGUUAGCAUUGAAUGUAGUGUAAUUAUUAUAAACCUUGAUGGAUGAUUGCUUGCGGUAGCACAAAGGCAAGAAGCGAUAGAGCACUGUAGAAGUAAUUGAAGCACUUUUCAAGUGGCUAAGAUAGGUUCUAGUUGUGAAGUGCAGGUGUUAAGUGGCGAUCCGGUUGGUGAAUACAAAGUGCGUCUAAGUGGAGGCAGUAAAGCCAAAGGAAGUUUUCAGUCUGCUUGUGUGGACGGAAGUGGCGAAAAGAAUUCAAAUAUCGAUCGUUUCCCGGUGAUUGCGUCUGGGCUGGCUAGGGAAACAUCGCUUGAGAAUAAGAAAGCGAAACGACAUAAAUCGAUAUCCAUAUCUAGGAGUGAAGGAGAUGCCUGUGCGGAUGAUGGAGUCAUCUCCAGUUGCCAUGGUCAUGACCUCACGUGACCCGCUGGCUGACACCAGCCCAAACAGAUUACUGUCAGAAUCUUAUCCAAUGACAAGUGUAAGCGAUAGCCGAUUCGACAAAAAUCUCAGCCCAAGUUCGAUUGGCAUCGUGGAUGUGUCGCGGUCACCCUCGGUUGGGGAAACAUUUGUUUCGGCUGCCACCGAUGGGCCACAAACAUCGUCGGACGAGUCGGACUCGAGUGACGAUGAAAUUGAAGCGGAAGUAAUGAAAGUGGUGGGGUCUCCUUCCUCUAACAGAUCGGCCACCGUGUUUGAUAAUGUUCCGUCGCUACCACUGGAGCACAACCAGAGUCGUGCUGUGUCACCAGGAGAAGGCCCUUCAACGUCAACGUCAAUCUCGAUGUCGAUGGGAUCGAUGGGUGACGAAUCUGGUGAUGGUGAUCCAAGCGAACUCAGUAUUGUAGUAAAGCUUGUUCCAGAAAAGAAGGGUCUCUUUUUAAAAUAUUCAGAAUAUGAGAUCAAAUCCAAAGCCUACGACAAAGUUGUGCGGCGACGCUACAAGGAUUUUCUCAUACUCUACACCUACCUCAUGGAGCGAUACCCGUACAGAAUGAUUCCGGUGCUGCCUCCAAAGCAGCUGAUACUAGACUCCCUACCCGAAGAGCGCCGCCACGGACUGCAGACGUGGCUCACAGUUGUCUCGAUGCACCCCGUUCUCGGCUGCUCGCCGAUCCUGAUCGCAUUCAUGAGUGACAAAACAAUGGACUACCAGUACCGGAUGCGCGUCAUGUACGAAAAGCAGCCAGAAGAAUUCAGCCGGCUCCGCGAGGAUGUCGAGUUGCCCUGGGAAGACCAAGAAAAGCUGAUCGCCAGUCGGGAUCGUUUGCGUAAAAUCCUUUACUCCCUGCACAGACUGCGCAAAAUUUUCGAUGAGCAGGCAUUCCGCACCGAGCAGCAAGCACGUGACAUGGCUGAGGUGGACCUGAUCCUGCAGAGCCUCGAAGUGCGGGACGUGUUUGCCGAGCGGACCUUCGACAAUAUAUCCCAGAGUGCGCAGGCAGCGGCACGACAAACCGAACGUUACGUGCAGCUGCAGCGCAAUGUCGUUAACGAGAGGAUCCACGUGCUGAUGGACCUUCUCGCCGCGCACAACGAUCUUUGUCAACGUGUGGAGAAAGGAAUUUUCAGCGAUCAUCAGAAAGCUCUCUCGAAAAUGCUCGGCGUCAGCCGUAAUAGACUGAAGAAUCACACCAGUGGGGGAAACGUGACGUCGGAAAAUGGUUCCACGAUCACGUCCCCACAAUCGGCUCCGCCAGCCAGUGAAAUACCGGCCACCGGAGACGCCCACCUGAAUCGGAAGUGCGCCUUCGCGCUGCAGUGCGUUCGCAGCGAGACGGCCCUUGCCGAGCAGUACCUACAGUCGCUGCCGGCCAUUCUGCUCUCUUACGCUAACGAAGAAUCCCAAUACCACAGCAAGGUAACCGAUAUCGAGUUCAUACGGGCGAAUCGUUGGAAAUAUUUCAUAAAUUUCUCUUUCGCCGCAGAUGUCGAAGAUAUGGCAUCAGCUAGUAGCUAAGGAAUCAGCUUCCAAAACAUGCUAGUGGCUUCUCAGGCUGCUAGAGCUAGCUAGAGUUAUUUUAGUGUCGCGAUGAGGAACUGUCGAGUUGCGAAAUACUUGUGCGUGCGGCCAAUUUAUUUGUUGAAGUUUUUUUUUGUAGAAUGUAGGAUGCAGGAAGAUGGAAUUAGGCAUAUUCAAAUAUUGCACCAUGGCGAUCUUGUUCGCGUUUUAGAUAUAUUUAUUACUUACUCAACAUCAGCGGCACGAACUUAUUAACAUCACCUUAAGAUAUUAACUAUAAAGCUAAACAAAAUUCAAAUACAGGAUAAUCGUUAUUUUAUUAUUAUAAAACUUAACAGUAUUAUUGGAU